AUGGCUCCGAUGCUGUGGGAAGAUCUGGAACGGCUCAGCGAUGCAAUGGAGACGGCUCCGCCAGAUCAUGUGAUCGCUGGCAUCGACGACAACUUCUUCGUCACCCAGAUGCCUGUCAAAUUGAAAGUGAAAGAAAGCGAAGAGCUACAAACGCUGACAGGACGCACGCUGUUCGUUAGCCUAUCGCUUCUCAAGCGUUUGCCUCACCGCGAAGCAGAUGCCGUCCUGUUGCACGAACUGGCUCACUUCAGCGGCAACGACACCCUUUACACACAGAAGAUCUCUCCCCUGCUCUCUCGCUACGGUCAUUACCUGCAAGGUCUGUACGAGGGUGGUCUUUCGUUGCCGGUGUUCUACUAUGCGGUAAUGUUCCGUGCGUUGUACGAAUUGUCACUCGGCAGCCUUAGUCGUAAGCGCGAGUUCCGUGCGGAUCGACUCGCAUCCGAGCAGACAUCGCCUGAGUCGAUGGCGCACGCUUUACUUCGCAUCACCGCCUAUUCCCAAUAUCGAAACGAAUUGGAACAAGAGAUCUUCGACGCCGAACAGGCACACGAAGAAAUCAACUUGUCCGAACGCAUUGAAGGUGGCUUUGCCAACUUCGCCAGCGCGUUUGUCGACAAACGAGACGUCGGCGAACUUGCCACCGUACAUCCCUUCGAUACGCACCCUCCCCUUCAGCAGCGGCUCGAGGAACUUGUCGAGAAGUUCUUCCCUGCCAUCCAGCGAAUGGCCGCCAAAGAUCGACUCGUCCAUUUCGAUUACGAGAAGAUCACCUACGAAGACUGGGAUCAACCACUUUACUUCCGCGAAGUCGAAAGCAUGUCGGUCGAGAACGACUGGGGAGCCAGGCUCGACAUCGUCAUCCGUC